ACCAGCCACGCACACUCGGCUUGCUUACGGCUAAACGAAUGCAAUAUAAAUUCAGUCCAAACAGUAAUAGCUUCAAAGCAAGUCGUUGGACAGCAGCAAACACACCGACACUGGAGAUAUAUCGAUUUAUCAACCCCGUCGCCCACGUGGCGACCACACGCCAACUACCCGCUGCCGGACGUUAUGGGUGGAGUUGGUGAUGGUCGUCCGUUUCGCAAAACUCAUCAUCGAUGCAUUUCCUUGGAAAGUGGGCAGUCGAAGACGGAGAUUCCCAAGUAUUGGGGCCGGAGAAAUUCUACUCCAGAGUUGGCUAUGAGAAAACAAGCGCUCAAGCACUAUCGUAAUGGCACCGGCAUGGUCGACGGCGGCUGCGAACAAUACUUGUCGAACAAAUCGUGUCAAACAGACAUGUUGGGGCUGGAUAAGUAUUUGUGGAGGUCGACAAACGGUGGAAGCGACAGUAGUAUAACAACAAAACCGCAUAAAAAGCUUUUGAAACGGCCAAAGGUCCGAUCGGUGGCCGUGCACUGCGAGAGGCGUCGACAAUCUUUUACCGCGUUCAAAGGCUGUCAGAAGUUCAAGCACGUUUACAAGAGAAAGAUAUCAUUGCCGGUGCGAUCGUCCGCCGGCGAGCCGGAGUGGUUGCUACCCAAAUUGCGGCCGGACCGGACGGCGGCGGGCGGUAAACCCAUUAAAACUGAAUCGGCCGUUCGAUUGCCGAAAAUACCGACGAGAGACCUGAAACCGGAAUGGGACUCGAUCGACACAAAAGCAGUCAAGUUGGCAGCAGUCAGGUCUAUGUCAGCGGGAGCAGAAAAGCCAGACAACAAUUCGGCCGACUACCAGACAGGUUCUGCGCAGAAAACACAACCGACUCGGUACUACGAUGGAUCGGACCGCGAUGGUGGAUCUUCGCCGGAUUCCAGCGAUACGGCAAACACCGCGUUGGACAUGACGUUGUUGCGACCUCGAUCUAACAAGAGCGGCGACACAGCGUCAGUCAGAAACACCAGAAACGCGUCCACGACCACCACGUUUCCGAUUGAACCCGGGUUUCCUAUAGUAUUCAGCUGCGAAAGCGUGCUCCGGCAUCCCGUCGACGGCGGUUAUGUGUCACAUACUGAAAGUCACCGGUUCAGCGUUCACUACGUGCCGACCGUUGACGCCGGACCGAUAACUGAUGCAAGAACGCCGACGUUGAUGUUCACGUCGGGCGACGCCUUUCAAGACCAUAAGUGUUUGACGUCUGAUUUGAUAUCCAUGUCGUCGAGCAGAGCCGAGACACCGGUCGAAUCUAGCAACAGUACCGCGACAAAUGAACGCAAUCCAGUCGUCAGACAUACCACAAACGAAAAUACUCCGUCCGAAAACGUUUUGACCGAUGCGACGAACAAAGACGGUGACAAUGAUAGUGGUUUGGAAAAACUACUCCGGGAUGGCCGGUCACCGGAAACCGAAUGUGACUCGAUCAACAGCAGCGUUUCCCAAGACAUUUUAAAACAAAAUAUUGCUUCUAGUCCGGAUCUGUGUUUGUUUCAAGAAAACACGACCGAUUUGUUAGUACCGGUCAUUAGGAUAGAAGAACAGGAACACGUCGCACGGCUUGAAUCGAAACAGACGUUUGCCGGUGAAACGCCAUUACAAUUAGAAAAACGAGAACAAAAAGUAGAAUUGAUGGAAAACAAACAAGAAGCGACAACGAACAGUAUCGACCACAAUACUUCAAUGAUAGCUCAUCAAACUGAAACUAACGCUUUUGGUUUGUCUACAGAAAAAAGCGAUCCAGAGAAGGACAGUGAUUGUGCGUUACGGAAAAAUCUAAACGUUCUCGAAGUACCUCAGAGUGACGUCGUCGAAAACUACAACAACUACAACUUACUUACUAUGCCAGUAAAAGAACUAAUCGGUAGAGCACCGAUUCCUGUAUACAACAACGAUAGAGUCUUGGAAGAGGUAUCGAACGCAGCCGAAAGUCUUUCCGGUGGAUUCGUUGUUGAAAAGACAGCAGAAUGUGAUUCAAAUGGUGUACAAUGCCUAAACGAACCGGUACCAGAGAAGAAAAAACGAGCAUACCAAACGGUAAGACAAUCGAUCGUGGGCGAGUUUUCAAAGAAUGAUAAUAAUACACUUAUGUCAGUGACACUGGUCGAUGAUGGUGAUGGAAAAUCGACCCGGGAAGAUCUUGAGCCACCUACAUUAAAAAUCUGUUCGAAUAUUGACGAAAAACAUGUCGACAGCGAGAACGGAACGACUAUGUCGGUAAACGAUAACUGCAGUUCCAAAGACCUAUCUCUAACUGCAGACAAAGCGAAAACACAACGAACGUUAGACGCGUCGCAACGGCCAGACGGAAACAUCCAGAAAGGAAUUUUAAACGGCAGUCAACGAAAAGGAAAAGGAGGUUACAAACUCAGAGACUACCUAGACAGACCAAAGGACUGUAACUAUAGCAAAAACUGUUUAUACGAUAGUGAAAGAUGUCGAUGCCUAGAUUCGAGUGGACGUCCAACCGAUCGUUCUGUUGAACAAGAAUCGAUUCGUGUUUCGGAAGAAUAUAUUGGCGGAUUCCUAUUCGGCGACACUUACUACGCAAAACAACAGCCGCCAUCGAAUACCGAAUCGGACGACAGACGCCAUCGUAAGGUGAACUAUGAAAAUUUAGUUAACCCAACGACCAACAGACGUCGAUGGAUCAACGAUCGUUACGACUAUUAUCAAGACAUGUGUUUGAAUACUGGCUUAGAGGACUGCACUGUUUUUGGCGGUGCUGAACAAACGGCCAUCCGACCGGUUGCUUCGUACUAUUCACAACUAAACCGAGAAGAAAAGAAUACGGACAGCGACGAAAGCUUAACGGACAGCCUUGAAGAUGGCAAGAACGAAGGAACAGCCGUUUCAUACUUUCUGACGUUGAACGGACAACAGUCAGCGGCGGUAACAUUUACACUGAAAUUACCGGGCACGCUCGAAACCCGUCUGAAUCGCCGGCAGAGCCAACUCAAAAAACACUUGCACUCGUUCACAAUAGCCAAGAAAGCCACCACGCGUGUCCGAGUCCGCCACAAGAGUUGUCAGACGUUGUGGACGGCCGAAAAAGGUGUACAAGCGCAGGGUGGAUCCGCAAAAGUGGUUGAUGACCACGAAGUACUGGAAACGUUGCUGGCGGGUAUGGACAAACAGCGCAAAGUGUCCGAACACCAGAUACGCGUUGUGGACGGUCGAAAAUUGGUGUCUGAGGGUAAUCAGACGGAUCACCAAGCAACCAGCGACUGUAAGCCAUCAGCACAACAGCCGACGGCAAUGAAGGAUUUCGGUACAGACAAUGCAUUAUUAGUUGGAGUAGUCAGACAGAAAAAAUACAAGGGCAAAGAGGCGUUGGAAGGUGCCAAAAAUGAUAGACUUCUCACGUUGUCAAAGGGAUGGAUCAAUUUUUAUACGCUCAGGUCAGACAGUACAGAUACGGAAUCUUAUGAAUUACUCGACAAUGACGAAGAAGCCAAUUUAGGAAACGCCAAUCAACAGUACACGGUUCAUGUACAAGCCACCCCUGAGCCCGUGGCUUUGCCUGUAGUACACGUUCCAAACAGGAAUACGCUGCAAGCUACAAAUAAUAAUCGUUCUGCCACCAAACAUUUGCCAAAAAUCGUACAAACCCCUGAACCACAUCAUCACCGAUGUACUGCUCAUUCCGCGAAUGGUUGGUGUGUUAGCGUGAACGGACCGAAUAACAUGCACAUGAAGGUAUCACUGUUGCCAGAUAAACAAGACACGCAUCCAUCAGAGAAUUUUAAUGAAGAGAGUAGAAUUGAGACUAAAAAAGUAGCAUUACAAAAGAGAAACAAUAACUACUUGCGCAGACCAUACAGAAAUAUUAGGAGAACACAGUCGACACCGCGAGGACUAUUAUCUACUGACGUGUCCAGAGCCGAAACUGUGAUGUCAGCUGAAAGCAAAUACAUUGAAACCAUCGACACUCACUUGUUGAUUCAUAAGGCUCGCAGGCGAUUAAGUCAAGAAUGGGAUACAGUAGCUCAAAACAGAGGUGUAGCUGAAUGCGUUCAACUAGUCGUUACAGGUAAUUCUGUGUCCAACAAAUCUCCUCAACACUAUGCGACCAGAGGACAUCAACAUUGCUCAUUCAGACGACAAUCACGAAGAAUUUAAAGUUCUUAUCAAAAUUAUCCCAAAAAUGUAAUAUUAGAUUGUAGACAAUAUAAUUAAAAAUCAACAAUGAACCAUCAAUACAUUAUUACAUAUUCAAAUAUAGAAACCAGUUGAAUGUUUUAAUUAAAAUUUCUUUUUAUGUUGUUUAGGUAUAAUAAUUAUAAUUAUUUAUAGACUGAUCUUAUUUCACUUAA